AUGGGAAUGCGGAGUGUAGCCGUUGAGUUCGACACGCUUACAAACGCCAAGCACAGUGAUAUGAAGAAGCAGCAUGUGGGGCUCAACAUAAAUGGCCUGGAUAAGUCCGUGGUCGCAGUAGAAUCGUCAUUCCCUCUGACCAGUGGUGAUGAGUAUACGGCAUGGGUGGACUACGACCCUUGGAGUUGUGAAACAGUCACGGUGUUUCUGAAGGACUCCAACGUGAAGCCAAAUGUGCCACUACUGCAGGGCAAUUUGUCGCUGUGUGAGGUGCUGCAGCCUACUAUGCAGCAGCCGGCGUUCUUCUUUGGCUUUGUGGCAUCCACCACUGUGAAGCCCUUUCAGAGGCAUGCCAUUCUUAAAUCUGGCAUGAGUGCAGGCAAGUACUUAUUGAGUGGGUUAUUAGUGAUGGUGAUGGGUGUCGACAUGAAAGCAUCUGAGAUGACGAUCCUGGGGCGCAUUUGCACCACCUGGGGCCACCCCAUUCUUCCGCUAUCCAUGGGGCUCACCGAUACAAAGUGCACUUCUGGAGGCUCCCCCACUGCGGCCUUUGAGAAGCUUGUGACUCUUGAUGGCAGCAGUGGACUCAAAGGAGGCAGUAACCAGGGGUAUGAGGGUCUCAUGCUGGCUGUGCGGCGCCAGCCAGUGGUGGUUCAUAUCGAGGCCGUAGCUGACACGUUCCGUAUCUAUGAUGGGACGUUCAAGUACCAAGAUCCUGCUUGCUACACUGGCAGUCUGAACCAUGUUGUACUCGUCAUUGGCUACUUCAUCAAUAGAGAUGACGGCAGCCAGAAUCGCAUUGCUCCUCCGUUCUGGAUCAUCCGCAACUCGUGGGGAGUUGGUUGGGGCGACUGUGGCCACAUGAGCAUGGCCAUUGAGGGAGGGGAUGGCGUUUGUGGCAUCAACGUGCUGCCUGGCAUCUACCCAAUUGUCAAGAGGACCCCUGUAGGAGAAGCAGCUAUCGUGGUGAUCAGGAUCAGUACGGCAUAA